GGGCGGCGGACAGCGGCGCAGCGCGGCGUGGUGCGGGGAGGUGAGGUCGGUCCGGCUCGGCCCGGCAGGCGGGGGCCGGCACAGGCGGCUGCCCGGGCCCGAGGUGCCCUGCGGGGUGCGGGGCCUGGCCGGGCGGAGCUGGAGCCGGGCUCUGGGGCUUCCCGAGGCUCCCGGCGGGGGACGGCCGUCUGUCUUUAAGGGACUUUCCUGGCACUCGUGGCUCACCGCCUUAUUACUCUGCCGAGGCAAGGUGGUUUUUUCUCUUUCUCAUUUACGCACGUUUUGUGACGGCUGUCCCGCAGGCACAGCCCUUCCCCGAGCGCUCAGCAGGAGGUUCCAGUGAGCUGCAUUCCGCAGCUGGAGGCAGAUCUUGGCCCCAGCCCCAGGUGCGUUGCCUCUUCGACCAUUUGCAGCCGAAUUCCAACCUUACUUCUCCCUAAGCAUCUUCAGAUUUGUUCUAUCAUUUCUUUUCUCCCAGCUCUUUUCUAUUCUCAUGUUAUAUGAGAUUUGUUCUAAAUACAAAAUGACAUGAAGCUGUUCUGUGGUUCUGUAAGGCACUGAACUUUCCGAGCUGCUUGUACGCUGCUUUAUUCUUUUUCCCGUGGCUUUGGUUCGCCCUCUGUUCUGUGCCAUUUCUCAUUUUCCUCCCAAAUUGCUUGUCAGGUGGUUGUGCUCAGCUCUGCCUUUGUUUUCCAGACCUGAAGAAAUACUAAAUCAGAAAGGCUGGCCCUUAAACACCAGUAAGUUUAUUUUUGUGAGGCUUGGUCUUCGUUGUCCUAGUUUGAAGGAGAAAGAUAAAAUCAAGUAAAAUGCUUUUCAGGAGAAGUUGUUAACACAUGAAGACGUGUGUCCUGCUUCUACAGACAGGUAACACUUAAUGUUUAGGGAAGAAGUGUAGUUACUCUUUGUAAGACAUCUAGCGGAGUGUUCGCUGCUGCACCUGAGGACGUAGCAGUAAUUAACGCAUGCCCAGUCACCAGGCUGCAGCAUCAGAGUGCUUGGUUACCCCAGUGCCUCGUGCUUCAGUGUAGUGCCACGGGGCAGCAGGAAUGGCCUCUAGAAGCUGAACACAGUGACAAGGCAGGGUGGAAAGGGCCCAUCCACACGGUGCCUGACUGAGGAGAGCAAAGCAGUGUUGCUGAAGGUAGCCAGGCUCUGUCUAAAGUCAGGUUGCCGUAGACAUCUGUGGUGAUGGAGCAGAUCCCAUCAGGAUCCGGGUCAUGGUCUGGAUCAAUGAUGUGUAUGGCUGCAGCAUAGCUCAGGCAGGCCAGCUCUGAGAUCUUCAGUGAAAACAGCUCUCGAGUGGGGGAGGAGAGCUUCCCUUGAAGGUUUUUCCAGUUCUUUGUAAUAGCUCUUAGUGGUAUGCAGUCCUUGAUUGCGGUGAGCUAAACUCUCAGUUGGAGGCAUGUGUGCUCAGGGUGCUGACACCUAGGUGCUGUGAAGGUACGUCCCAUUUCUUUUGGUGGGCACAGCCCCAUUGAGGUAUUUCUGCCUCAUGCAGUGCUGUUACUCCUUUCAUAACGUGGGACUUUCAGCAUUAGAUCUGCAGUGUGCCUGCAAGAUACCCUUUGUUUGGCUGGUUUGUGUGAGCCUUAAGCAAGAGUCCUGUGUUUUAGGGUGUACUCACUGUUCAGUCGGCUCUUUCCCAGUUUUCCCAGAGAAUAGACACCAAACUGUGCUCCUGGAUUUCUCAUUUGCUUUGAGGGAAUGGUUGUUAAGCACUCAGUAGCCUCGGUGCUGUUAGUUGUACGUUUACUGCGCUGUAAAAUUCUUCACGUAUGUAUAGUAAGGUAUUAAGAUCUAUUUUUUUUUUCUAUUAAGGAUGUUUCAUGGUAUUAUUUCAGCUCCUAGAAACACCUGGGGCUUCCUUUCACCUGAAUGCCUGUCAUGAAUUAGUCAGAGGUGGUAUGAACACAGAAUGCAUUCAGAAGAGACUCGGUCAUUGGAAUCUCACAGUGUGUUUUUUAGGGCCCACCAUAACCUGUUUCUUGUUUCUCUCAGUCUUUUUCUUGAGUGCAGCAGAAGAGACACAACCUGUUCUCAAGGUGCUGCGCUCCCAUGAGACUGCUUUUGUGAAGAAGCGAGAGCUGAGGAACUGCGUGCUAGGGGAUUAUCAUCUCGAGAGGGCUGAGGACUGGAAGAGCACAAAGAAAGCAGACACAAAACCUGUUGAUGUGGAAGUACAGCAAGGCAGUGGGCAGGCUACAGAAGGUGUGGUGGACGGAGAGCAAUAAGACAGAAUUUCUCAGGCAAAACUGGAGGGGUUCAUGUCAUCUGACAACAACUUCCAAUUUGAUUUUGCCUUUGUAAAGCAGACCCAGAAGCAGCUGGUGCACCUUAGGAAGCAGUCCUUGGUGUUGGUGGUGCUGAGCAGACGCAAACCGACAUAAGAACCACAGAGCAAAAGAACCGCAGUGGAGCUCUGUGAGUUUUGCUGCCUCUUGGACAAGAACCCAAGUUGUUUUCCAACUUUGCCAUCCCAAAAGAAGACUGUCCUCUGGUCCUGUUAGUUCCAGCCAGCCAGCAUAUGGAGGGUACAGCAGAUCGUGAAGUGCUGGAUAAUGCAGUGCCUGCUGAGUCAGUAGGUAGGCUGCAGAUUUCAGCCUUGGAGAAGCCUGAGUUGGCUCAAACUGCAGGUAGUGCACCCAAAGAGGAUGAAAGCCACGUCACAUUAAAGAUCCCCAAGCCAGAGAGUGUUCCUGGAGAUAACGUGGUGAUAGAGAAAUCAGCAUCAGAGGGAGCUACACAAAAGAAGAAAAAGAAGAAUAAAAAAAAUGCAUCUGUCAGUAAAAAGGACAUAGAAGAAACUGAGAUCAAGAGGAAGGCAGAGGUGGAAGCUAAUGAAUGCCAGAAUAAAGAUGCAUCCCAUCAGGAUGAGACCUCUCAGUCAGAUGACCAGCUGCGGAAAGAGGUGGACUGGUGUGUGGAACAACUGGAAAUUGGCCUGAAGACACAGAAAUCCACUCCCAAGCAGAUCGAGGAUGCUCUCCGUGCAAUCAAGACGCUGCGCAGUGACAAGGCUCCGCUGGUGAAGAAGCGUCAAGUCAUGAGAACCAUUUUCGGAGACUACAGGAAGAAGAUGGAGGAGGAGCUGUGCAAACAGCUGAAGCUCAUGCUGUCAGAUGCAAAAUCUGCCAAGAUCGUGGAAGUGAAGAACAAGAAAUGCCAGGUCAUCAGGAAGCGCUCUGGAGCAUGCAGGAAAAGCCAAGGAUCAGCAGGAUCCCCUCCAGAGUCACCCAACACAGCAAACACAGGCGCAUUCAGAUUCACAAUUUCUCAAGAAGAAUUUCGCUUUAAUUUCUUCUAGGACAGUCUUUAAGAUUAAAACUGUGGCUUAAAACUCUGCCAGAGCUCCUGUAAACUUAAGAAGGAUGCUAUGCAAUAGAAAAUGUUAUUGAGAAAUCUGUUUAUUUCCUAAGGAAAGGAUUCUCUUUCUCAGUGCCUUUAGAGGUGCAAAACAGGUCUGCCAACCUGGCAUGUGACCCCAGGACUCGAUCUACUACAGCAGUCCUCCAUCCUCACGCUGUAGAAAGUCACUGUUGUAAAUGAUCAGCGUGGAGUCUGGAAGGAUCUGGUUUUCUUCCUGCAGAAUUUUCAUUAACUUAAGAAUGUCUUUUAUACUGGGAGCUUUUCCCACUCUCCUGUUGCCUAUAGAGCACGCCUUUUGUAGCAGGUGAGGAAGCAACACACACACAAGGGAAUGCUCUGUAAGGAAGACCCAGCUCGUACAAAGGGAAAAGAGGGAAAGCAGUGCAAGUGCACUGGCUAUCUGGAUGCUUCCAUUCCACGUGACUACUGUGUGAAUGUAGCUUCUGGUGUCAAGGAAGCACGAGGUGGUGUGUGUAAUCACUGCUGUCUGUAGAGUGCAAAAGUUCAGAAUCUGGGAGGAAAAUGAGUGAGAACCAUCCUUGGUCUUUCAUCUGUUUAAUUGACAGGUGUUGACUUAGAAGGGAACAGCAGAUGCUGAUUUAUUCCAGCCUAGGGAUGUUAGAGCAGUUGUUUCCAGGCAGGGUAAGGUUUUUGUUUCUGAAAUCAGCUUACUUUCGAGUAGCCCAGUUACAACCAGCAGCGACUCAGAGAGUAACUCAGCUGUAUGCUAAACUUUGGAUGGCAGUGAAAUGAACUGUGAGAGCCCAGAGGUUCUCUUGCAUUUGAUUGGUAUUAAAUUUUUGCUUUCUGAACAGCUGAGUGUGUGUCUCUUGUGUCUUGGUGCUGCUUCAGCCGGUCAGCCCAUCUCCUGUGUUCAUGCAGAAGUUCUUCCUCCCUCACUCAGAAGUCCUUUAAAAGGAAACGUGGUAUCAGGUGGCCCCAGGGCGCAGUGCUUUCCUUCCUUUUUAUAGUCCAGGCAGUCAUCCUGUAUGAGAAGCAAGAAAUGGGAGUGUAGGCAGAUUCCAGCGUGUACGGAGAGCAACUGAGAGUUGGUGGGAAACAUUUGCAGAGAAAGACUUGGAGGAAAAAAAAAAAA